AUGGGUGUUUCCAGUGCUCUUCUCCCUGUGCCUGCAUGUAGUCCAUGUAAUGUACACUGGCUGUCAGUGUUCAUCACGGCACUCCUCAUCCUGUCCAGCAACGCUACUUGUGUACAGUGCACCACAGUCGAGCACGACCUGCACAUCGUUCACAAUGUCGACAACAGAAGUCCAGAGAUCGACCCAUUCUGGUACGUGGGCCGUGGAGUACGACCCAUUGGUCGUUUUGGGAAGCGUCAGAACAACACACCUCUGCAUCCUACUCUCGAGCUGCUGUUGCUCAAUGUGCUCAGAAACAUUGAGAGAGAACAAAGCACAGACUAUUUCUCUUCAGUCCCUGAGGAGGUGCACAAAUCUUUCACUUGA